AAAAAAAAAAAAAAAAAAAGUAAAUAAACCAAUAAAAUUAAGAAUUAUUUUUAAAAAGCCAUAAAAUAAGAUGUAAUUUGCUCAAAUAUUAUUUUGUUUGCUUUUUUGUCACCGCCAGAAAAAUGUUUGGCGGGAAAAUCACUCAACCCUCACCAUCCCCCCAACCCAACCCAACCCCUCCCCAACCAAAAUUCUAAUUAAACAAAGAGCAGCUGAAGAAAAGCUUAAAAACUCUAAAAUCCAUUAUCCAUACAAUUACUUCAAACUCGAAAACUUUUGCUUUGAAAUUGUUUGAUGCCUCCUUACUCGAAAAUGGCUCGCGACGAAUCGAAGCUGAGCGCGGCGAAGCGGUCGUACCAGAGCGCCAAGGCGGAAGGAAACCACCAGGAGGAGGCCAAGUGGGCUAAUGUCAUCGGCCAUAUCUUGAAGGAUCGAGGAGAGUAUGUGGAGGCUCUCAGAUGGCUUCGUCUCGAUUACGAUAUCUCUUUAAAGUUCCUGACUCAGAGGCAUUGCUUCGCUUCUUGCCAGUCUCUCGGUGAGGUCUAUCUUCUUCUCAAGCAGUUCAAAGAUGCUCUUUCCUUUCAGAAAAAACAUUUAGAGCUUGCCAAGGAUGCGUACGACCUUGUUGAGCAGCAAAGGGCCAACACUCAGUUAGGUCGUACCUAUUAUGAGAUGCUUUUAAAUUCUAAAGAUGACCACCAAGUGGUGCUGAGUGCCAAAAAGUAUUUUAAGUCUGCUAUGGAGCUUGCACGGGUUCUGAAGGAGAACCCACCUUCUCAUUCUUGUUCUUUCCUUGUGGAAUAUAUUGAUGCACAUAACAAUAUGGGAAUGCUUGAAAUGGAGCUCGACAAUUUUGAAGAGGCUAGAAAGAUCCUGAGUGAAGGAUUACAGAUAUGUGAUGAAGAAGAGGUGAUAGAAAACGAUGCUGGGCGUAGCCGGCUCCAUCAUAACCUUGGGUUUGUUUAUAUGGAGCUGAGGGUGUGGGAUAAAGCAAAGUUUCACAUUGAGAAGGACAUUGUGAUCUGUAAGAAAAUUGAGCAUUGUCAGGGAGAGGCAAAGGGAUAUAUCAAUCUUGGUUUAUUGCAUUACAGAAACCAGAAGUAUGAUGAGGCACUUGAGUGCUACAAAAGAGCACGUGAUCUGGCCAAAACAAUGGAAGAUGAGGAUUCUUUAGUAGAUGAAAUUGAUCAAAAUAUUGAAUCUGCCAAAGAAGCUAAGAAAAUAAAUGAUGAAUUAAAGAAAGAAGAGCAGAAUCUCAAGAAGCUUAUUAGAGGUGUAACCACUGCAAGAGGAACAUCUCGAGAAAGAAGUUGCCUGCUGCAACAAAACACUUCUCUCAAUUGUCUAAUUGAUAAAGCAAGAUUAAUAAAUUUAUGGUCAAAGCUUCUUGAAUUUGGAAAGAAAAAGAAGAAGAUAUCCAAAGAACUUGGUGACAAAGAAAAAUUGAGUGAUUCAUUUUUGUUUAUCGGAGAAGCAUAUGAGAAUCUCAGGGAAUUUAGCAAAGCUAGUAAAUGGUACACAAAGAGUUGGGAAACAUACAAGUCAAUUCGCAACCUAGAGGGGCAGGCAAUGGCACUACUUAGUAUUGGCAAUGUUUUGGAUAGUGCUGGUAAAUGGAAAGAUGCAUUGAAAGCAUAUGAAGAAUGCUAUAGGAUUGCCAUUGAAGCUAAACUUGAUUCUAUUCAACUUAAAGCUCUGGAGAAUAUGAAUUAUAGCCACCUGAUAAGGUUUAAUAAUCUCGAUGAGGCCAGGAAGUAUCAGCUUCAAAUUAACAAGUUAAAAGAAUUGGAGGAUAAAGAGCUUGGAAAACAGGAUAUGGUGGAGAAUUACUGCUCAGAAACUGACACUGAAGGGAGCACUCAUAUCUCAAGUGACAGAUCGAAUACAUGUGACUCACCUGACACCUUGGCUGGUGUAGAAGAGAUGAGCGAUGAUGCACCUUUGAUUUCACUUAUUCAGCCCACCAGGAGUUCACCCAAAACCAAGCCAACUUAUAUUGGAAAACAAAAUACAUCUUCAAAUUUCAUCAAAAUUUCACCAAGAGGUUCCUCUAGAUCAAUCAGUAAUCAGGAGACAGUUGGCCGUAAACGUGUUCGUGUAGUGCUUUCUGAUGACGAGGAUGAAACAUUUGUUGAAGUGGAGCGCUCUAAUGCCAGGACUCUAGGUUACCAAGUAGAGGAUGUUGCUACAUCUGAUGAAUUUAAAAGUAAAAGUGAUACAGUCAAUCCUGGUUGUAUGAUUCAGGCUGUGUCGGGAGUUGUUUCCAAACACACAAACAUGUCCAACACUCCUGUUAACAUUGAAGAAAGCUCCAGUUCAUACAAAAAUACAGGUCAUUUUGUUUCCACUCAAAAUGGCGAAGGUCAUAGAUCUUCAAGCUCUAAAGAACAUGAUCAAUGCAUUACUGUCAAGGUUGACACAGAGCUGAUACAUGUUGAAGCUGGAGUAUUUGUGGCAACGGAUAAAUUGAGUAUUGAGUCUUUGAAGGUUGAAUUGGCAUGCUUAUACUACUUGCAACUCCCAGUGGAAAAACAAUCAGAAGGUUUGCUUCCCAUAAUUCAGCAUAUAAGAUGGGGUGAUAGAGUGCUUGAAUCAUUAGAAACAAUUGAAACUAUAAAGGAUCAAAUGGGCAAAGUCUUGGUUGAAGCUUUCUUAGAUGGAUGGGUUCAGAAGCGUUUGAUAAAACAAUACAUAGACGGCUGCAAGGAGGUAUCAGAAACACCCAAUAUGAAGUUGUUAAAGAAAUUAUAUGAUUUAGAGGUUUCAGAUGAUGAAAUUACUGUAUCCGACUGUGAAUUGCAAGACUUAUCAGUAACCCCUCUGCUCAACGCCUUGCAAACCCACAAAACAUUUGCAAUGCUGGACCUUUCUCACAAUUUAUUAGGAAAUGUAACUAUGGAAAAGCUUCAACGAGUAUUCACAUCCUCAGGCCAAAAGUAUGGUGGGUUGACAUUGGAUCUGCAUUGCAAUCUGUUUGGUCCAACUGCUCUGUUUCAGGUUUGUGAAUGUCCUUUGCUAUUUGCUCGAUUGGAAGUCCUUAAUAUGGCUAGCAACCGCCUCACUGAUGCUUGUGCAUCCUACCUAUCAACUAUACUGCGAAAUUGCCGAGCCCUUUGUAGCUUAAAUAUAGAAGGCUGUGCCAUAACGUCUAGAACAAUUCAAAAGGUUGCUGAUGCCUUAGAUGCUGGAUCGGUCCUCGAACAAUUAUGUAUUGGACAUAACAACCCUGUAUCUGGAAAUGCCAUUGUUAAUUUACUGGCCAAGCUUACUGCCUUGAAAAGUUUUUCAAAAUUGAGUCUGAAUGGUUUGAAGCUAAGCAAGCCUGUAGUUGAUAGCCUGUGCCAGCUUGCUAAAACCUCUUCUUUGUCAACAUUGAUGCUUGGAAAGACUGGUAUUGGAACUGAAGGGGCUUUAAUGAUUACAGAGCUUAUGUUCAGUGGAACUGAGGAGUCUGUAAAACUUGAUCUUUCAUAUUGUGGACUUACAUCUGAAUACAUUUUCAAAGUAACCGCAGAUAUGUCCAUUGUUUGUUGCAUUCUUGAACUCAACCUGGCAGGAAAUCCCAUUACACAGCAGGGCACAGGCGCUUUAUCAUCAAUGCUUUUGAACCCUCAGUGUUGCCUGAAGGUUUUGGUGUUAGAAAAGUGUCAGCUUGGUGUUGCUGGAAUUCUACAAAUACUUCAAGCUUUAGCAGAUAACAACUCUCUUGAAGAUCUCAAUCUUGCUGCCAAUGCUGACACUGAUCGACAUAAUACUCCACAGCAUGACAUAACAACAAAAGGCUGCACCACAGAGAUCACAGAGAUUGUGCAGCCAAAGACUAACAUAACCGAAUCCUCUCCCAAGAUGCGUACACUGGAGGAAGUUGUGCCUACUCAACAGUGUUUAUGCCCCGAGGACGAUGAAUUAAAUCAGCUCGAAAUUGCUGACAGUGAAGAUGAUCAUAUUAGAGUUGAAGCUGCGGCUUCUGGAAUUGACGACAGCUGUGCAAGUUCAUGUCAAAGAAACUCAUCUCGAGAGUGCCAACUUGUUCUAGAGCUUUCUACUGCCAUUAGAAUGGCCAAGAAGCUGCAAUUACUGGAUCUUAGCAAAAAUGGUUUAUCAACACAGGCUAUAGAGUUGUACGCAGCAUGGUCAAGUUCAAGGCCUUGUCCUGCUUACAGGCAUAUUAAGGACCGAACAAUCCAUUUGUACACAGAGGGUAAGAAGUGUUGCAUAAGAUCCUGCUGCAAAAAGGAUUGAUUCUUUUAUCUGCUAUAGUUUUCUUCGGAAGGGAAUGGUUCAAAAUAGUUUUACUGCUAGUGAUUUUGGUUAAUAUAAUUGACAAGCAGUUUCUGAAUUGCCAUUAUAAUGUUCUUCGAUGAUGAAUGUUGCAGGGACACAUGAUUUGCUAUUGUAUAGUUGGGCGUAGUCCGAUUAAAUCAUAGAUUAAUUCUUUCAAAUUGUAGUUCGUCUAUGUAACAGAUUUACAACGGGAUCUAGUUUGUAUUCCUGCCAUUAUGUAUAUUGUAUAAGCCUUAUAAUUAUUAAGAUAUUAAUCCAUGUAAUAAGUUACUAGCUCAAAUUAUAAGCGGA